AUGGAGAGACACGAUGACCAUGAACGGAAUGAUGCAAAUCUAUCUGUCAAGGUUACAAACGCAUCUCUAGACACGGCACGGUCAGUGCUUCUUCGAGAGGCGCAGGCACUCCACAAACUAGCUGAGAAGCUGCAGCAGAAUGACCAAGCCAUGCGGUUUGCUAUAGAGCUCGUGCUCGGACGAAGCUCGACGCUGGCAAGUGGCAAGAUUGUUACUGUCGGUGUUGGAAAAAGUGGGUUUGUCGCACAAAAAUUGGCUGCGACGCUCACGGCACUCGGGACACAAGCCGUGUUUUUGCAUCCAAUUGAAGCGUUGCACGGCGAUAUUGGCAUACUACAGGCCGAGUGCGAUACGGUUCUUGCGUUAUCCUAUUCGGGCGAGUCGCUCGAGGUGCUUGCGCUCAUGCAACUUCCACAGGUACAGCGGUGUGCAAAAAUUGUGAUGACUGCGAAUGAACACGCGCAACUGGUUCGUCUGGCCGACGCAUGGCUGGACUGUGGCUGCCAUGAUCCUAUGCUGAAAGGAACUGACGUUGUGCUACAAGGUGGAUUUCACACAUCCUCCAUCGAGGGAUGGCCUGAGAUCCCUGUUCCGACAACGAGUGCUAUAAGCAUGAUGGCCAUAGGCGAUGCGUUUUGUGUGGCUCUUUCGCAUGCGAAGGGGGUGCAACGGCAGACGUUUCAUGCAAACCAUCCCGGCGGCAACCUUGGCAAAGUGUUGCUGAAUAUGCAGUGA